UCUACCAGAUCCAAGAUGGCAGCCAGCAGGAGGCUGAUGAAGGAGCUUGAAGAAAUCAGCAAAUGUGGAAUGAAAAACUUCCGUAACAUCCAGGUUGAUGAAGCUAAUUUAUUGACUUGGCAAGGGCUUAUUGUUCCUGACAACCCUCCAUGUGAUAAGGGGGCCUUCAGACUCGAAAUCAACUUUCCAGCAGAGUACCCAUUCAAACCACUGAAGAUCACAUUUAAAACAAAGAUCUAUCACCCCAACAUCGAUGAAAAGGGGCAGGUCUGUCUGCCAGUAAUGAGUGCUGAAAACUGGAAGCCAGCAACCAAAACCAACCAAGUAAUCCAGUCCCUCACAGCACUGGUGAACCACCCCAAGCCGGAGCAACCUCUUCCGGCUGACCUAGCUGAAGAAUACUCUAAGGACCGUAAAAAAUUCUGUAAGAACGCUGAAAAGUUUACAAAGAAAUAUGGGGAAAAGCGACCUGUGGACUAAAAUCUGCUGUGAUUGACCCCAGCAAGUGUGAGCAGAGACCUGAGCAGUGCAUUCAGACACCUGGCAAAGCAAGACUGUGGGAAAUUGACAUGUGCCACCGCCUGGCGUCCGCUUGUGGCAGUUACUAACUUUCUACAGUUUUCUUCAUCAAAAGUGAUAUAGGUGACCUGUAAAGAAAGGAUUAAAAAUUUAAGAU